AUGGAAGCUUCGAUUUCGUUUCUUGGGUCAACAAAACCCAGUCUUUCAUCCCUUAUUCCUUCUUCGAACGUCCUUCAUCGUUGUCUUCGGCGAGAUUUCCCACUUCCUGCUUUGAAAUUGAAGAACGUCUCAGUGUUCCCGCGUAUCUCGCAUCGGAACCGCCUAAUCAGAGCUCAGUGCUCCGAUGGAAUUGCGCCAGAGGAAGGCGAUGGGUUUGUGCUAGAAGACGUCCCUCACUUGACCAAAUUUCUCCCUGAUUUACCGUCGUACCCAAAUCCAUUGAAGGAAAGCCAAGCAUAUGCCAUUGUUAAGCGAACUUUUGUCAGUUCUGAAGACGUGGUUGCCCAAAAUAUUGUAGUGCAGAAAGGAAGUAAACGAGGAGUACACUUUAGGCGAGCAGGGCCACGAGAAAGAGUGUACUUCAGAUCAGAUGAUGUCAAAGCUUGCAUAGUGACUUGUGGGGGAUUGUGCCCUGGGAUAAAUACAGUUAUACGGGAAAUUGUAUGUGGAUUGCACAAUAUGUAUGGUGUCAACAACAUUCUUGGCAUUGAGGGAGGAUAUAAAGGAUUUUACUCCAAAAACACAAUGACCCUGACGCCUAAAGUAGUCAAUGAUAUCCAUAAACGCGGUGGCACUUUUCUUCAGACCUCGAGAGGAGGACAUGAUACAGCGAAGAUUGUUGAUAACAUUCAAGAUAGAGGAAUUAAUCAGGUGUAUAUCAUUGGAGGUGAUGGGACACAAAAGGGUGCAGAGAAAAUAUACCAGGAAGUCGAGAGGCGUGGUCUUCAAGUGGCGGUUUCUGGCAUUCCCAAGACAAUUGAUAACGAUAUUGCUGUGAUUGACAAAUCGUUUGGGUUUGAUACGGCUGUUGAGGAAGCUCAGAGAGCUAUUAAUGCUGCACAUGUAGAGGUCGAGAGUGUGGAAAAUGGAGUUGGUAUUGUUAAACUGAUGGGCAGAUAUAGCGGUUUUAUUGCCAUGAUUGCAACAUUAGCGAACCGUGAUGUGGAUUGUUGCUUGAUUCCGGAGUCUCCAUUCUUUCUUGAAGGAAAAGGUGGGCUCUUUGAGUUUAUUGAACAACGACUCAAAGAGAACAGGCACAUGGUUAUUGUGAUAGCUGAAGGUGCUGGACAGGAUUAUGUUUCUCAAAGCAUGCUUGCAUCUGAAACUAAAGACGCUUCAGGAAAUAAGCUCUUGCUUGAUGUUGGUCUAUGGCUGACUCAACAGAUAAAGGAUCACUUUACAAAUGUUCGGAAAAUGACGAUAAACAUGAAGUACAUAGACCCAACGUAUAUGAUAAGAGCAAUACCGAGUAACGCAUCAGACAAUGUCUAUUGCACUCUUCUUGCCCAAAGUGCGGUUCAUGGAGCAAUGGCCGGAUACUCAGGCUUCACUGUGGGACCAGUUAACAGCAGACAUGCUUACAUCCCAAUUUCUCGGGUGACUGAAGUGACCAAUACAGUGAAGUUAACGGAUAGAAUGUGGGCAAGACUCCUUGCAUCGACGAACCAACCGAGUUUCGUGACUAAUGAAGGAGCAUCGCAGAAUGUGAUUGACAUGGAAACUCCAGAAAAGCUUGAUAACAUGAAGAUCUCUUCUAACUAA